ACCCUCAUGGUAAAAUGAUACUCAGACCUAGUCGAAAAUUUUUGAGAUCAGAUGAACUCGAUGUUCCAGACCCUCCGGGAUAUCAAUUCUGCCAGGCUCGCGGUCUUAUUAUAAUCGAUUCACCAAAAGUUGGAAAAGUGGCUGUUUUACCAGUCGGUAUGGCUCAAGUGUCUUCCGUGAUCCUCUCUACUAAGCCAGGGGCUGAAUUGAAGAAGGGGGAUGAGAUAGGUUAUUUUCAGUUUGGUGGAUCUGACGUUUGUCUCGUGUUCCAAAAGCGGAGUAAACUUGAAAUACUUGCUAAAGAUG